CGAUCGUCAAAGACGCGUAGAUUUAACAUUCGAAAACUUUGAUUUCAUAUUAAACAAAUAAAAUAUGGCUCCCCGCAACAAGGAACAGGAACAAGAAGUCUUGAACUGGAUUUUCGCUGUGUUGGGCGAAAAAGUGCCCAGUGGACAAUAUGAGGAUAUUCUGAAGGACGGCAUUUGGCUGUGCAAAUUGGCAAACAAAUUGGCUCCCGGAUCGGUGAAGAAGAUCCAAGAGCGUGGCACCAAUUUCCAGUUGAUGGAGAACAUUCAGCGCUUCCAGGCGGCAGUUAAGAAAUACGGUGUCCCCGAGGAGGAAAUCUUCCAAACUGCUGAUCUUUUCGAGCGUCGCAAUAUUCCACAAGUUACACUGUCUCUGUAUGCAUUGGGUCGCAUUACGCAAAAGCAUCCCGAGUUCACUGGCCCCACCUUGGGACCCAAAAUGUCUGACAAGAAUGAGCGUGUAUUUAGCGAAGAGCAAUUGCGUGCUCAUGAGGGUGAACUGAACCUUCAAAUGGGCUUCAAUAAGGGUGCCUCUCAGUCGGGACAUGGUGGAUUCGGUAACUCGCGUCAUAUGUAAAAAUAAAAAACACCAACAGUUUUAAACCAAAUGCCACAAAAAGAACACCAAAAACUAAUUAGUUCAAAUAUUGUUGAUUUGUAUCGCUUGCUCUACAUGUAAUUUAUAUCUACUUAUAUUAUGAAGUAAAUAAAUUAAUUAAUUUUAAUAUAAA